GUGAACCUUUGUUUUGUACAGAAGAAUGGCUGCCAUCUUUAGUUUUCGAUGGAUGUUUUCCGAAGAGAUCGUGAAUUCUCAUAUUUAUUGUGGUAUUUAAUAACGUAAUAAAAUCUCGAAUAGUGAAAUAACGUUUUCCGCGAUGUAAAGAGUGUUUUUUCGUAUAUUAUUUAAGCUGCCCUGGUGUCAAUUCCACUAAAAAAUGCUUGUGUUUACAUCCAAGUUUAAAGUGAGCUUCUGUAUUCCUGUCAUAUUAAGCCUAUGGUUCAGAAUCCUCAAAUAGCGGAAUCGAAGAGCGUGGUAUCCCGUCAAGCUGCCGGGCGAGGAUAGCCAUUCGAUCUUAAUUUGCUCGAGUUUCCAAUUGGCGUGAUCGAAAGGCCUCCAAAACGUCGACCCCGUCGGUGAUCAAGUUAUCGGGGGGUGGAACAGGUGGGGGUGGGGAGCAAUUGUCCCCAGGGUCUGACCCACCUCCCCCGGUAUCCCCAGCCGAGCAUACCGAUACUAACGAGAAUGAUGUCGCUACGUCGAAAUGCGUUGACAGCUUUCCACAGAGCGCUGAAACCACCAUGAGCUUUGUCCUGCAAUUGGGCACGGUAGAAACAUCCCUCGAAAAGAACUCUGAUACUUUGCCAUCUUCGUCGAUGAAUCAGGAAACUUCAAACAUAGCCGUUACUGGAAACGAUGAUACCGGCAAAUCUCAGAUUCUUCAAUGUUUAGAAAGCAGCGCCGAAAUUUCAGCCGGUCAUGUUAUUUCCUUCUCAACUGUAAAAUCAGUUAGCGUUACUUACCCGAUGGCGAAAGCUGUUAGGGAAGUGCAGAGAAUUACUGGUUCUCAAACAAAUACCACCCAGGUAUUGUCGACUCGCGUGAUCUCACAGAAAGUACCGUCGUCUAUCCAGACUCAAUCCGCACCUUUAACACUAAACGCAUCUUCCAACAUUACCCAUAUCCCGGUAAAUACUCAGUCUUUGCCAUCGCCAGGCAGCGGAAUGGCACAUGUAUAUCCUUUGCAACACGCGGUGUCUACACAGAACAAACAGCAAACUAGAAAUCAAACAGUCACCUGUGAGAGUAAACAACAACAACAACAACAACAACAACAACAGACUACGAUAUCUAGUUUGCAAACUAGCAUGCCCUUGAAGGUUCAACCAGUAUCUUCGCAAUUAGUUGUAAGCAACAAUGCAGUUAGAGCCAUCACUACCGCUACUUCAUUGCCCAAUAUUCAAAGGAUACAUGUGAAGGCGCAAAAUAUCGUUGGACAGGCUCAGACAGUUAACUUGCAGAAAGUGAAAGCCGUGACUAAUGUCAGUCAAGGGGUAACCGUUCAAAGAAAUUCCGUACCGAGGAUACAAACUGUACAAAAGACUCAAGUGUCAACAGUUACAUCCCAAACUACCCAGUUCGCUGUUAAUCAAGUCACGAACAAUGCCAAUAUACAGAGAGCUCAACAAGGCAAUCCGACGCUCCAGAAAGCACAAACGAAUACCGCGAGCACACAGAAAGUAGCGCAGAUCUAUAAUAACCAAAAGAUGUCAUCACAGAUGUUAAAUAGCCAUCCGAAUCAUAAAGCACAAUUACAACAAAUAACGAGUAAUCAACAGCAGGGACUACAAAAAAUACAAGUUCAAUCACAGAAAACGGUAACUGUGCCAAGACAACAAUCAAACACUACAGCAGGAAAUAAUGUUCAAAAAUCUAACAAUUCUGUAGCUGGCAUACAGAAAGUACAAGUAGUAGGACAAGUACAAUGUCAACAGCAAUUGCCACAGGUCCAAAAACAUGUGCAACAAGUUCAGCCAUCACAACAUCAAAGAUCACAAUCUACAGCAGCCUUGCAAAAAUCUCAGACUGUAGCCACAGUCAAUUCUAAUAGAGUACAAUCAAUCACCAAUGUUUGCAAAAGUAAUAGCGUUCCGAAUAUUACCAAAACAUCGCAAAAUGCCAAUUUAUUAACUGUGAACAAGCAACCAGUAAUCUCACAGCCGCAAAAUUUACAAUCACAGCAAGUACAUAUCCAAAACUCGUCCCAAUUACAACAACAGUUGUUACAACAAAGUUCACAACAACAAUCGCAGCAACAAAUGGUGCAAAAACAGCCACAACAACAGCAAACGAAUACGAAUUUACAAACACAAAGAAGUCACAAUAUUACAAACGUCCAUCAAAAGGUUGCGACGAUUGCGACAAUUCCCAAUAACCAACGAACCCAAGUAGUAAAUUCUAAAAUACAGCAGCAACAGAUGGUAAUGAGAGUAGGCGUACCAAAGAACCAAACACAAAAUUUACAAAGCAAUUUAAAAAACGUAUCUCAAAAAAUUACGAAUACGGUUAAAAAUUCAAACUCACAGAAUGUCGUGCAACAAUCAUUGCACAGAAAUACGAACGUGCAGCCAGUAAAAAUAAUCCAGCAACAACAGAAUGUUAUAGGACCGCAGAAUGCUCAAAAACAACCUGGAUGCAUCAAAACAAUACCGCCACAAAAACCAGCCCAAAGGAAUCAUACACAGAAAGUAACCGGUAUUAAGACCUCUUUAAAUACAAACGUAGCUUCUGUAAAAAAUCAAGGAUCAACAACUGCAGUCGCACAAAAGGCAAGCAUCAAAACAUUGCUUCCUCAACAGACUGUUGCUACGAAUAUGUUGAUGCAUAAAAAUCAACCAAUUAAAAUUCAACAGCAAGCGAUACAACAAAAACAGCUUAUUACAUCAUCGCAGUUUCCUCAACAAAUUAGGCAGCAAUCUGGACAAGUGAAGACAUUAUUACCAGUAACUAGUAUGGAUACUCGCAAGGAUAUAGAAAACAAAACUGAAUCUGAAUUGCGUGAAUCGAAAGAAGAUGAACGUCAACAACGUCCUACAACUCCAAUUAUAAGAAUACCCCCUCCUUACGAGUGUCUUCAGUACGUCCUACAGGAUCACAAUUAUGGCGCACCACCUCCACGAACACCAUCGCCUCCGUCACCACCGUCUCAUCCAAAGCAACCCAUCAAUGGUGGUGGAAAUUCGACUGCAACUUCUCAGCAUUCUUAUAUUUAUGGAAAAGUUGUUACUGGCACUAAUGUGGAUGAUGAUGCAGCCAGUGUUAUUAGUAGUGAAACAGGUAGAGAUGCUGAAUUGGAAGGUGAAGAAACAGAAACGGCUCCUGAAGGAGAAGGAGACGAUGAAGACAGUGUUACUAGAUGUAUAUGUGAUUUUGAACAUGAUGAUGGAUACAUGAUUUGCUGUGAUCGAUGUUUAGUAUGGCAACAUGUUGAUUGCAUGGGUAUAGAUCGUUCUAACAUUCCUGAUGAGUAUCUUUGUGAAAUUUGUCGACCACGGCGUGUAGAUAGACAAAGAGCACGUGCUUUGCAAAUGCGUAAACGAGAAGAAUUGUUAAAUUCGGAUACAUCAUCCGAUACAUCAUCUACCAGUUCAGCAGAUACUGAUGUUGGUGUAAACACAAUUCCAAAAAAACGAACUAUACAACAGCAAAUUCCUCGACGAAAAUCCGAACCACCGCAAGUAAGGCGACUGAAUAACAAUAAUAACAACAAUAAUAAUAAUGUCGCAAAAAGACAAAGAAGAGAUUCACAUCCGAGACAAUCUAGUACUGUUCGUAAGAAAGAAACUACAAAACGUGGUCCAGGAAAACGUAAAGCUAAACGAAGAAUGAGUUUAGAAGAUAAAGAAGAAGAAACUCAAGAUACAUGGAGUUCCAACGUCGCACCAUUAAGACAAUGGAUCGAACGUUACGAAGAAGCUGUAACGAAUCAUUAUAGUCCAGAAUUAAGAGCUAGGAUAUCAUCUAUUAAAGUGAAUGGUACACAUAGCGAUUUAAGACAAAAUAAUAUGAAUGUUAUUGCCACUGGAAAAUAUAGGCUCAAUGUUCACAGUAACAAUGUUAGGUUUUUGGUGGCAACAAUGUAUCUUCCACCAAAUACACCUGUCGUUGAAUUACGUGGAAAGUAUAUGUUAAGUACACAACAUCGACCAUCCUAUCCUCAAGGAAGACAACAUACCCAGAGACCUGGACCUUUUGUAUUCUUUUAUCGAUUACCACGAGAUGGUACAGAAGUUUGUGUGGAUACCAGAACGUAUGGAAACGAUGCUAGAUUUGUGCGACGGAGUUGUAAACCUAAUGCGGAAGUGAAACACUGUAUAGAAAAGGGAACAUUACAUUUAUAUAUUGUGACCACAACCGCGAUUGAGAAAAAUGCUGAAAUUACAAUCAGACAUGAACAACACGAUCUCCUGUUGUCACCUAAUCCAAAUAGCUCUAUGAUGCCUAUUGUUUGUGCAUGUAAUAAUCCAAGAGAAUGUCAAAUAAUAUCUCUAAAUCAAUUAAACAGAAGAGGAAGUAAUGGAGCAUUGGCUGAAAAUGCUGAUGGUCGAGAACGAAGACGAAGGGGUAGACGAAAUACAAUUUGCGAGGAUAGCGAUUCUUCGACUGUGAUGUCUAAUAGUACUAUUAUUGCACAACCUGCACCACCACCAACGACAGUAUCAUCAGUAUCUACACCACUGAGAAGAACAGUUACAACCACUAUAGCGUCAAAUACAAUGCGUCAACUAUCUAAGGAGGAAUUGACAGUAGUUCAACAGCCACAGACUUCUCCAAAUUUAAAUCAAUCUAUACCUUCGGAAACUAAGAAAGACAAAAAGAAAAUGACCAGAGAAGAAAGAAAAAUGGAAGCCAUAAUGAAAGCUUUUGAAAGAUUAGAAAAAGCGGAACAAAGGAAGCAAGAAGUUCAAGCACGAAAUGCACAACGAAAGGAAUCUGGUGGUACGCAUAGCGAUAAUGAAGAUAGUCAUAGUUUGACGAUGCAAUCUAAACAGAAACAACAAAAUUCUGACAGACCUUUAAGACGGAAAAGAAAAAAAGGUAGAGCAAGAACUACUAGUACUUCUCAGUCACAAGGUACUAGCCGAAGAACAAGAUUGAAUUCUGCGGAUUCCGACGAAUCGUCUGGAGAAGAAAGUAAUUCGAUGCAAUCACCACCUUUAUUGAGUCAAAAUCAUUCGCAAAAUCGAGAUACUUCUUAUUCUUCUUAUUUAAAUACGCCUGCCAAGAACACGAAUGAAAGUGUGACGACACCUGCUCAUCAAGGAAUUCCAACAGCUGCUGGUCUGCUCUUAGCUUUAGCAAAUUCUAAUGCACCUGGACCUAGUUCACCACCUCUACAGCAACCAACACCAGUUAAGAGUCCAACUUGCGAUAGUGGUGCAAGCAGCAGUUCUCAAAGUUCAACUCCAUCUACUCCUUUAUCUUCGGCUUGUUUGCUAGUCGCAGCAGCAGUUGGUCCUUUAGCUCCUGGCUUUAAAUUUCCAAAAACCAAAAAAGUUCUAAUGAAUGAAUGGUUAAAAGAGUCUCCUGAUCCACCACAAAGCAAUAUAUCUCAAAUGUCACCAUUACCAGCAUUACCACCAGCUUCCACUUCGAAUUCGAUAAAUUCUCUUUGUAGAUCAGAUUUUUCUUUACCAACAGACACAUCAGCAGAAUUUUUAACACAGAGCUAUGCGGCUAAGAGUUUAGCAACUCUUGUGCAAGCAGCAAAUUCCGUCUCUGGAAUUUGCGAUUCACCACCACAACGCAAACAAGCGAUUAGUGGCAAUACGGUAUGCCCUGUCUCCACAGGAUCUGCCAAAAAAAGAUGGUUACGUCAAGCUAUAUCUGAAGAAUGUGAUUCACCGAAUAGUCGACCAGAUAGUCCGCCGACUAGUGAAAUGGUAGCUCCACCAAAGAAAAGAAGAAUAGCCAGAGAAAGUUUGUCAUCAGAUAAUUAUACUCCACCAACUACACCUACUAUGUUAGUUCCUGAAUCUACUCCGAAUAAUAGAUCUUUGUGUCCUAAUGAAGAUGAUUUUAUCGAGCAUUUACAAUCGUCAUUAAUUGAACAGAAUGAUGAACGUCAUAUGACAACAGAAUCUAUAAAACAGGAAGUUGUUUCACAUGUAAAUUCGGAUGAGACUGUACGGCAAAAACUUUCUAUAGAUAUUCCACAGAAUUUUCAAGUUAAAACUAUGAAAUCUGAAAAACAUAUAGUACAGAUGAAUACUUCGUUGGUGAAGGAAGAAAACAUUGGAAUAAAAAAAGAAAAGAAUAUAGAAAUGGAUUGUGACACUUAUAUGCAUUUGGAAUCAAAGCCUUUUGUUAAAGAUGAAUUACGAUCUAUUAAAAAUGAAUUUGUCAACAAUCCAAAGGAUAAGAGUAAAGAAGAGUACAUUAUUAAAAAGGAAGAAAAUUCAAACAUAGAAAAAGGUACAGUUGAGAUAAUCGAUCAGAAUGAAGGUGAUACAGAAAUGGAAGAUUUCAGCUCCCCAAUUGCUGUUAUGGAAUCAGAUGCAAUUCUAAAGCAACGAGUAGCUGAAAUGAGACUUGAAUAUGGAGGUGGUAUAAAUGAGAUAGUUAAAAUUGAAGAUGAUAAAUGUGAUGAUGAUAAAAGAUCUGAGGAUAUAAAAUGUGAAAUAAAAUCCGAUGAUAACAUGUCAAUUGAUGAAUUUGAUGUUGAAGCUCAGAUGAAAAAAAUCACUGGCGAUGAUGGAAAUGAUUAUAAAGAAAAAGUAGAUACUAGUUCCGAAAAAGAUAAAAGUAUGGAUGGCAUCGAGGGUUUAAUGGAAAGCUCUAAGGAAGAUUCAGAAUCUGAGGAUAAAGAAAUGGAUGAUGUAAAAUAUGAACCAUCAUUCAAAUCAUUUAAUUUAAAUCAUGAAGAAAAAUUGUUUAAAGAAUUUGAAAGCAAAUCUGAUCCUGAUCCUGAUCCUGAUCCUGAUCCUGAUCCUGAUCCUGAACCUGAUCCUGAUCCUGAACCUGAACCUGAUCCUGAUGCUGAUCCUGAUCCUGAUCCUGAUUCUGAUCCUAAUCCUGGUCCUAAUCCUGAUCCUGAUCCUGAUGCUGAUGCUGAUCCUGAUCCCGAUCCUGAUCCUGAUCCUGAUCCCGAUCCUGAUCCCGAUCCUGAUCCUGAUCCUGAUCCUGAUCCUGAUCCCGAUCCCGAUCCCGAUCCUGAUCCUGAUCCUGAUCCUUCAAUGGAGAAUAGUAUUAAAGAAAUUGAACAGAUUCAGGAAUCUCAGAAAAUAGAACAACCGUCCGCAUUUGUUACAUCAUCAGAAGAAUCCAUUUUCGAGUCUGCAUCCUCUAAUAUGGAUACAGAAUCUAUUGUAGAACCACCAAAGAUUUUUCAUUCCAUUCCACCAUUAAGUGAACGUAUUCGUAAAAAAACAGAAACUACAAAUGCUUCAAAAAGUCAAUUGAAUUUUGAAGCAGCUAUAAUCGAAUCUACCAUUAAUAUGGAGACAGAAGAUGAAUCAAAAAAUGGUGAAGAAAAAUCUAUGCUUUCAACGGCUUUAAGAGAAUUGCUGGAAGCCAAAUUGGAUGAUCUGACACCUAAUGAUGCUAAAGAAGAAAUAAAUAAUGCUGAAGAAAAUAAUACUAUAUAUAUCGAAUCAAAAUCUGAGAAUUCGGAACAAAAUAUAGAAAUACAAGAAUCUGUAUUAAAACCUAUUUCUCAAAAUGUUCAUAAUGUUCAUAAUGAAGAAAUUCCAAUAAAAGAAGAGGAAGUUCCACCUAAAGAAAUCAAACGAUUAAAGGAUCCGAGAACGGUCGUUCCAAAUAGUAUGCCAGCUCCUACAUUUAAACCUGAAACAAUUCCUCCUGUUAAACGAAAGUUAUCCAUAUCAGAAUAUCGUAAACGGAAACAACAAUCAUCUGGAACACCUCCAGAACCUGAACCAUCGAGCGAUUCUACAACAGAUAAAAGCGGAGCUAGAGGUAGAUCAGACAGUGCGAGCAGUGGAACUUCAUCACUUAGUUCUGAUGAAGAAGGUUCAAAAAUUUCAUUAUCUCUCGAUAUACCAACCUUAACCACAUUACCGCUUUUCAAUAAUGCGGAAGGAGAAGAAAAAAAAGGUGGUGAGGAGGGAACAAUUGGUUGGUCUGCAGCACCAACUUUAGUUGAGCGUCAAAGAGAAAAUCUUACAGAAAGACUAAAACGAGAAUUUGGAUUAUUUCUUAGCGACGACGAAGAAGAAAGAGCUCGCAAACACGGUCUAACAGCAGAGGCAAUAUUAAAAGCGCGGAAAGCGUCUCCACCUCAUCCCAAUGUAUCAAAUACUCCACCAGGUUAUCCUUUACCGCAAUUGCCUCCUCAACCUUAUAUUCCUCCUCCAGGAUCCGCACCUAUUCAUUAUCCUCAAUUCCAAGCUAAACCUUGUUCCGUUCAAUAUCCAAACUUCACAGUCCCACAGAACACUUCACAACCAGUCUAUGCAAAUGCUACGCCUCAGACCUCUGCAAACAAGCAGACACAACAAUUCUUAAUACCUCAAGCGUCACAAGCACCGCCGGGCUCGAAUCCAUAUCCUCCUCAAUUUAUUCCACCAUCUACCACUGCAGUAUCGAUCUCCAAGUAUACAUCUGUGACUCCGCCAUCUGGAAAUCAAAUAUAUCCUGCAACUGGCCAAUCGCAAAAGCAAUUUUACAAUCAUCCGGCACCAAGAUCUUAACCCACAUAAAAGGUAGUGCUAUCGAAAAGUUAUUAGUUGGGAAAUUUUUAUUAUAUUUGGCCGGAUUAUGAAUUAAAUCAUUAAUUCAUAACACCAGAAUAAACACCAGGUUCAUGGCUGGUUGCUUAAUUCCAUUAGAUUAAAAUGUUAAGUUAUCCUUUGUAGUUUAAAAUGAAAGGGAGUGAAACAAGAUAUUUUGAGUGUGGAACAGAAAAUAAAUUCACGAUCUUUUCUUUCUUAUGUCGUUCGUGUUAUAGCAAAAGGGUAUUUAGAUUAUAUAUGACAAAAUGAUAAUUCAUGCACACGAUUGACAUGUGAGAAGAGAUUCGUGAUACCAGGUGCUACACUGUUCUCGCUUAUAUAAAAAACAUUAUGCGUACACCGUUGACUGCGAAGGAAGAAA